AUGGCAGCUGCUCCCCCUUUUCACUAUAAGGCCACGCAUCGGCCGCCAUUUCCUUCUGUCGCCGCCAGGCCCAGCCGGAUAUAUCAUCAUCGACAACUACUUCCAGUUAUUAACCACCUCAAACUUCCUCACGUGGGGAAAAAAUGGGCAGCUGCCGCACAUGUUGUUGACAGGAUGGAGUCGGCUAAGUUCCAGCACACACUCUGGGGGGAUCACUUCCUCACGGCGCCGGCGCCCCAUUCUUCUAGUACUAAUAAUGCUCGGCUGGAAAUGAUGAGGGAAUACGAAGCUCUGAAAGAAGAGGUGAGGAGCAUGGUUACAGAGAACCAUGUGGCGAUAUCUGAGAAGCUGCGGCUCAUAGAUGCAAUCCAGCGAUUAGGGGUUGGGUAUCACUUCGAGACGGAGAUUGAAGAAGCUCUCGAAAGUGUUUAUGUGCUCAGAGGGGAAUCAUUCAUCGAAGAUCAUUAUAACGACGAUGAUCUGUACCACGCUGCUCUCUGGUUUCGACUCCUCAGACAACAAGGCUUUCGUGUUUCUCCCGAUGGGUUUAGAAAGUUCAUGGACAAUGAAGGAAAGUUCAGAGAAUCGUUAGAUUCGGAUGAUCAAGGGCUACUAAGCUUGUACGACGCAGCACAUGUGGCAUUCCAUGGAGAAGACAUAUUGGAUGAAGCCAUGACCUUCACAACCAAAAACCUGGAGCCCAAUAAUAUUGCUGUUCACGACAGCUCUUCUUCAAUAUACAACUCCCUCUGCUUUCCUGUAUGGAGAUGUUUCCCCAGGACACUUGCAAGGCACUCCAUCGAUGUCUCCUCUAAAGAAGACGACGACCAUGAUCAAACCAUUAUCGUGAAGUUUGCAAAGUUGGACUUUAACAUAUUGCAGAAAUUAUAUCAGGAGGAGCUCCACCAACUUUCAAGGUGGCGGGUGAGUCUUGAAGUGCCUAUCAAGUUCCCAUAUGCAAGAGACAGACUUGUGGAGUGCUAUUACUGGGGCAAUGGAGUUAAUUUCGACCCCAGGUAUAGCUUGUCAAGGAUCAUACUUGCCAAGUUCGUAUACUUGGUGACCGUCUUGGAUGACGUCUAUGAUAACUUCGGCAACUACGACGAGCUUGAGAUCCUUACGGAUGCCAUCAACCGGUUGGAUAUGAGUUGUUUGGAAGCAGUUCCAGACACGAUGAGAGACAUCUACGUGAUCAUCGUUAACUUGUUCGAGGAAAUGGAACAUGACCUCUCAGAAGCUGGGCAUGAAAGCACAUACUGUGUUGAUUACUCCAAGGCAGAGUUCAAGAGAAUGUGCAGAGCCUUCUUGGUGGAAACCCGUUGGCGCACUGAAGGUGUCGUUCCGACUCCAGAGGAGUACAUAACGGUUGCGAAAGUAUCCGGAAGCUACCCCUUCCUUUUAACAGUAUCAUUUUGUGGGAUGGGAGACCACAUAUCCACGGCAGAGGCAUUUGAGUGGGUAACCGAUGAAAAUAACAAGUUCGAGCGCGGGAGGGAGCACGUGGCGUCGGCCGUGGAGUGCCACAUGAGGAAGCAUGGAGUCUGUGAAGAGGAGGCCAUAGCUGCUGUGUGGGGAGAGAUUUCAGGAGCUUGGAAAGACAUGGCGGAAGGGUUUCAGAAACCGAAUCCGUUGCCCGUGGCUCUGAUGAAUCAGAUUCUCAACUCUGCACGGGCGGUUGCUGUGUCGUACGAGAAGGCCGAUGCCUUCACUCAGUGCCACCUUUUGAAGGCACACUUGGCUGCCCUCUUUGCCAAUCCUGUGCCGCUCUAA